AUGGGGGCUGGAAGUGAAAGGGUCUCUCUCUUGAAUAAAGAUGCUCGGAGGCAGGCGAAUGGGGCAAAUGAUGGUCCUGCAACAGACCUUGAGCAUGGAGAUGGCAUACAGGCAGCAAACGUUGGAUUUGGUAGAGUAUUCUCACUGGCAAAACCUGACGCAGGGAAGCUAAUUAUUGGCACUAUAGCACUGCUGAUAGCAUCCACCACUAGCAUUCUCAUUGUAUGCCGUUCUCUGUACUGUAUUAACUUCACCAUGUUUGAGAGAUAUCCAGGCUUUGAGUUUCAAGCUCCUGAAGCUUCUCAUUUUAGAUAUGCCUUACCUGUAGAUCAUAGAGAACCAAAAUAUGGUGGAACGAUAAUCGACAUUGUAUCAAAAGAUAUAAGGACCCCUGAACAGCAAAAUGAUGCUUUGGAUGACGUCAAGAACACUAUAAUAGCUAUGGUUUCCAUAGUCGUUAUUGGUUCUCUGUGCACAGCACUUCGGUCAUGGUUGUUUUCUUCGGCUAGUGAAAGGGUUGUUGCUCGUUUGAGGAAGGAUUUAUUCAGUCACCUUAUCCAGCAAGAGAUCGCCUUCUUUGAUGUUACUCGCACAGGAGAACUCCUGAGCAGGCUAUCUGAAGAUACCCAAAUCAUAAAAAAUGCUGCAACUACCAAUCUCUCAGAAGCACUACGAAAUCUGACUACCGCACUUAUUGGAGUUGGCUUCAUGUUCACAUCAUCCUGGAAGUUAACAUUGCUGUCCUUGGCUGUCGUUCCGGUCAUUUCAGUUGGCAUACGUAAAUUUGGGAGAUUUCUUCGUGAACUUUCUCAUGAAACUCAAGCUGCAGCAGCAGCAUCUGCCUCAAUUGCUGAGGAAUCUUUUGGGGCCAUUCGAACUGUGAGAUCCUUCGCACAAGAAAGUUAUGCAAUUUCUAGUUACUCAGAAAAAGUUGAUGUGACCCUGAAGCUUGGACUUCGACAAGCCGGAAUGGUCGGUUUAUUUUUUGGAGGCUUAAAUGCAGCAUCUACUUUAUCUGUCAUCGUGGUGGUUGUUUAUGGUGCUUGCUUGACAAUAACAGGAUCCAUGACUGCAGGCGCCCUCACAUCCUUCAUUCUUUAUAGCCUCACAGGUUCUCCCUUGAUUUUCAGUCCUGUCAAAUAUACAGGGCAGAUUUCAUUAAGUUUUUCCCCUCCUGUUGUUGAUGGGGAGAAAUCUGAAUUUAUUUAUAUGGAAACUGACUAA